UGGUAGGGAAAUAAUUGAAUUUUUUGGGGUGCGUUUUCUUUUUUUUUCGAUAUGCUGGGGUUUGCUAUUUUUUUGGCGACGAUUUUCGGGGGGUUUCGGGGGGCUCAAGGGUCUCCUGGAGACAAUUCUCAGUUUUAUAGACAGUGCUUAUUCAGGUGUUACUCAGAGAGCUGUCGACACAAUGUGCAGUUUGAAAUUUCGGAGUUUUCAUUGUUUUCCUGGACUUGCGAGGAAAAUUGCAAGUACGACUGCAUGUGGGAAACAGUGGGACAAUUCCUGGAGCACGGACUGCAGAUUCCCCAGUUCCACGGGAAGUGGCCAUUCGUGAGGAUUAUUGGACUCCAGGAGCCGGCGUCUGUGAUAUUUUCGGUAUUAAAUCUCUACGGGCACUUUACGAUGUACCGGAGGUUCAGGAGAGAGAUCAGGUCGUCGUACCCCAUGUCCCUGAUGUGGACGUAUCUAGCUGUCGUCUGUAUGAACGGCUGGUUCUGGUCUGCAGUCUUCCAUUCAAGGGACAGACCCUUCACCGAGGUGAUGGACUAUUCCUGUGCCUUCACCAUCGUCGUGACCCUCCUCUUCUGCAUCCUCGUGAGAAUAUUCCACAGGAGGAAAAAGGCAUUCGUCGUUAUAACUUGUGCAUAUCUCAGUAUUUUAUUCACUCAUCUCUCCCAUUUGUGGUCUGGCAGGAUCAAUUAUGGAUACAACAUGAAGUUGAAUAUAUUCUGUGGAUUUCUGACGUUCGUCAUCAGCAUGAUCUGGUGGUACAGAAAUUCCAGGAAAUUAAAACAUAUUUAUCUCCUCGGAUGGUUCAACAUCAUCUCCGUAGCUGUGACACUCCUGGAAGUCGCGGAUUUUCCACCAAUUCUAUGGGUUUUCGAUGCACAUUCCCUGUGGCAUGCCGCCACUGCUCCAUUAGUCUAUUUUUUGUACAGAUUUAUGAUAUUAGACUGUCAGUAUCUGAGAAAACAGGACAGCCUCUUGAUAAUUGAUGAGACCCACAUCGAAUAGAUAUCCCAUGACCACAGAAA